AUGGAAACCAUCCCCCAUUCUCCACCUCGAACACCUCCACUCCGUCUAUCCCCAUCCUCCGUCGGAGCGCAAUCCAUCACAACAACUGUAGCGGCGGCGGCGAAAAAUCAGGUUCCUCUUCUCUCACUUCCUGCUUCGCCGUCGACUAACCGCGAGAAGAGCGCUCCAACUCCAACCUCCUCGACGACUGGACCUACAUCGCCCAUCUCCUGCUGGAACAAAAAAAUUCAGAUCUCGUUUGUCCUCCUCCGCCUUGCUUUCCCUCACCAUCUGUGCAGCUUCCUUCUCCCGCAAUUUCAACUCUUCCCUGUUUAUAGGCUGUUUACAGACUCACAGCUGUUCAACAGACUCGUGAAAUUCGAUCCCUGGAGAAAGAGGUUGUCUACCUUAUUCAGCGCGGCCAAAAAAAGAGAUGGAAGAAGGGAGUGA